AUGGAUGCCUUGAUUGAGCAGUGCACGUCGGAGAAGCAUACACAAGACCAGUGGGAUCUGAUUUUACGUGUAUGUGAGGAGUAUGCAAGUAAGGAACCGAAAGCAUGCUUAAAAGCAAUCGGAAAACGUAUCUUUCACAAAAAUCCGAAUGUGUCCCUUCGAGCGAUCACGCUCCUAGACGCUUGCAGCAAAAACUGCGGCAAACCUUUCAACCGGGAAUGCGCAUCAAGGGAUUUCACACAACUCGUUAAGAGCAAGUUUUCGCAUUUGCAAAGAAUUCCAAGCGUAAAGCUGGUUGAAGUUUUUGAAAAGUGGUCCGAAGAAUUCAAACUGGAUUCAGAGUUGGCGUUGGCCGCCAGUCUAUAUGCAUGGGUCAAAUCAGAUCAUUAUGACGUGAUCCGAAAUUUGUUGGAGGAUAGAAAAGCUGUCAAGGCUGGCGUGGUCCGACGGAGCGCGGCACAACUGAAGGCCAAAGAAGAUGAAGAACUCGCAAAGGCGAUCGCAUUGUCUCUGAAAGAAUCCGAUGGCAAAAGACCCACAGACUCAUCAACUCCAUCUGCCGUCACUUCCCAACCCUCCAACAACGCAACCAACGUCUUGCCCGAUACGAGCAAGGCCACCACUCUGUAUCCCAACUUCUUCGACUCAAUCGCCAACCCAGCCCGCCCCCUUGCGAAGGGUCGUGUUCGUGCCUUAUACGAUUUUGAGGCUGCUGAGGACAAUGAAUUGACCUUCAAGGCGGGCGAAUUGAUUGUGCUGCAGGAUGAUUCUGAUGAGAAUUGGUGGCGUGGGAGCAACCAUCGUGGUGAAGGCCUGUUUCCGGCCCAGUUUGUCACACGAGAAGAAGAUGAGCCGGGCAGUUCAAAGGUUCCCUUGGCUACGACUUCUGCGAAGACAGCUGUUGCAGCGCCGAUCACGCAGCCUCAGGCUCCUGUCCGUUUGGACAGCAAUAAGCUGGGAUGA